UCUGCAGCAUCAUUCGACAUCAGUCAGCCUUAGUGACAACAACCAACAAUGAAGAUUUUUAUCUGUGCUCUGCUCUUUGCUGCUGUGGCUUUAGCUGAGCCGCCGCGCUAUAGAUUAGCUAGAUAUCGGUUCGAGAAACGUGAGCUUGAGGAAGCCCAGCCAGAUGAAAGAAAGGAGAGUUCCAAUGCUGAAGAGGCGCCUUACCCGGCUGCUGGAUACAGGCCUAAUAAGGAAUUCAAUCUACCUUCACGACAAGAAGUUGUCCCACCAUCUACCUCUUACGGUAUUCCCGAUACUAGUUACGGUGCUCCUAUGAGAACUUCUUCACUACCUCAAUUGGAGUACGGUGUACCAAGAACGGCAAAAAAGGAAGAAGGGGAAGUUGAAGAGGCUGAAAACAGAGAAGGCGAAAACAAAGAAAAGAAAGAAGGUGAGGAUGAUGAAAGGAAAAAAGGUGAAGCUGAAGAACUAGAAGGUGAAGGUAAAAAGGGAAAGAAAGGCGAAAAGAGUGGAAAAUUCGAAGUAGCGCCGGAGAAUGAUGACGAGAUUGUUAGCACCCAAGGAGCUUAUUACGUGUUGCUUCCAGGAUCUCAAUUGCAGAGGGUUCAGUUCAGGACUGAGAAUGACAUCAGCAACAUGGCGUACACUGCUCGUCUGCAGUACAGGGAUGAAGAUCGUGCCCCAUUGUUUGUUUACUCCGCGGCUCCACAAUACACUGUACCUGUUGCAGAGUAUUACCAAUACCCAGCCGCCGCCUCCUCUGCCUAUUUCCAACUAUACAAACGCUAAAGGAUCCCUUUGAUAUCACUUAAAUGGAAUGCAAUUUAGAUUUUAAAAGAUUAUUAUUUUCACCGAAUCAGUUUCAAAGUGUAUCUAGUUCCAAUUCGAAACGAAUCCCGGAGCGUUUAUAAAAGAUGUUAUCUCAAGCUUCACCGCUGCGCAUUUUCUCUCCUACUUAGUUGUUUAUUUAUUUUAUUCGACCAGAAUGUUGAAAUAAAAGGUGAUUUACAUAGUAA